GUUCCAGGCAUGUGUGAGCUUGAGCUUAUAAACCCGGCAUUUAGUGGAACCGCUCUGUGGGAGCUCACACACUGCUGGUAUAAAACGACUUGCUUCCUCUCUCAAACUGACAGUCACACAUCAUCAACCCACCACAACAACACCAUCCCAUCGUCUUACUGCACAAGCCAGACUCCAUAAGAAAUCCACCGCAAUGUCUAGAUACACCGCCUCCCACGCUAACCCCCAGGGUCCUGGAGAUGCGCGGCCCACGGCUCUUCAGGUCAUUGAGGACGAAGGCCUCAUCGGCAAGCUCACCGGCAAGGUCGCCCUUGUGACGGGCGCAAACUCUGGUAUCGGUGUCGAAACAGCGCGAGCUCUCCACGCCGCCGGUGCCACUCUCUACGUAAGUGCCAGAGACCCCGUCAAGGCCCAGCAGGCCGUCGACAAAGUCAAGAACGGACCCGGCCCCAAAUCUGAUGCGCCCGUCCACGGCAUAGAGCUGCGGCUGGAUUCCCUCGCCUCGGUGCGAGCAGCUACCAAGGCCUUCCACGAGAAGAGCGACAAGCUUAAUCUGCUCAUCCUCAACGCAGGCGUUAUGGCCACGCCCGAAGGGAGGACCGAGGAUGGCUUCGAGACACAGUUUGGCACGAACCACUUGGGCCACUUCCUCCUCUUCCAACUGUUAAAGCCCGAUCUGCUCGCAGCCUCCACGCCUGAGUUCCAAUCGCGGGUAGUUGUUGUGGCCUCCGCCGGCCAUCGUUACGGCAAGGUCCGCUUCCAUGACUUCAACUUCGAAAAGGACCCUUACGACCCCUGGGCGUCAUAUGGCCAAUCCAAGACGGCCACUAUCUACCUCGCCAACGAGAUCGAAAGGCGGUACGGGUCCAAGGGACUGCACGCCCUCGCUGUGCACCCGGGUGUUGUCGCCACCAACCUCUCUCAGUAUCUCAGCCAGGAGAUAGUAGAGGGGAUGUUGAAGGAUGAAACAAGGCACAAGACCAUAAAGAGCGAACCCCAGGGAGCGGCCGCGGCUGUUUAUGCUGGGCUGAGUAGGGAAUGGGAAGGUCGAGGCGGCAAGUACCUCAGCAACCUCGUCGACGAGGGACCGGCGGAUACUACGGGAGACUGGUUGAAUAACGAGGUUGGAUAUGCCCCGUGGAUUUACGACGAGGAGUCUGCAAGCAAGCUUUGGAAGGCAUCAAACGAGCUGGUAGGCUUCGAGAGCGAGUGA